AUGAUGAUUGAAAUCAGAAGCUCAAGCGCAAUUGAAAAAGCACUACGCCAGUCAAAUAAUGAGUGGACCAACAAGUGGUUUGCCAUUGGCAUGGGCUCAAUAAUGGCUCUUUUUGCAAUAUAUCACUGGUCAAGUCUUGCUUGGUUCUACUAUGGUCCAAGAGGAACUUCCACCUCUGUCCGAGCGUAUCGCAAAGCUCGUGUCCUCCUCGCUAGCUCAGUCAUGGGAGUGACAACCGGGCGAUUCAUCAUAUAUAUUACCUACUGGGCCGUGAAUCUGGUGAUCUUGUUGACUGACGUCGACCUCACCAGUAUUACAUAUGUGAGUGGGUUCAUUAAAAAGGCUUAUUUAGCUACCCCGGUUGCCAAACGACUCGGUUGGGUUGCACUCGCAAACUUGGCUCUUUUGGUCUUCUUGGCUUUAAAAAACACACCUCUUGCGCCCUUAACAGCCAACUCCUACGAGAAGCUUCGUCCCCUCCACAAGGUUUCUGGCUAUACUUGUAUCUUCGUGUCCAUGAUACAUGCCAUAGUGUACUUGUCUGCCUGGCAUCAAUCUGGCAGCUUGCACAAGAUGGAGGAGAGAGAUAAUUUUGCAGGUGCGAUCGCAGGCAUGGCCAUGCUGAUCAUAGCAAUCUCAACUAUCACUUAUUUCAUGCGAGGAUUUUAUGAAUUAUUCUACAUGCUUCAUAUUCUCAUGUUCAUUUUGAUUAUGAUAACAGUUGGAAUGCAUCGUCCCAAGUUCUCAAAAUCCGCUGUGGUUAUUGUGAUCGUGAUUGCUUGUUUUUGGGCUUUCGAUCGUCUACUUCGUGGAGCAAAGAUUAUUUGGAACUUCUAUGGAAAUUAUGCCACCUUGACAGCCUUGCCAAAUGGGGUCCUUCGGGUGAGGCUCAGCCGUGGCAUCAAGUCCAGCCCAGGAUCCCACGCUUUCCUGUGGAUUCCAGCUAUCCGCUUCUUCGAAAGACAUCCAUUCACUCUUCUGUCGUCGGAACCGUCGGAACUCGUGAUCAGGGUGUAUGACGGGUUUACGCGCGAUCUUUACCAAGCUGCGCAGCUAAAGCCUGGGAGGUUGUUGCGUUGUUCAGUCGACGGUGCUUACGGUCAGGUUCCUAACUUCAAAGUUUUUGAGAAAGUCAUUCUUGUCGCUGGAGGUAGUGGCGCCAGCUUCACAUUUGCCAUUGCGUUGGACUUGCUCCAGUCCUCCGCGACCACAUUCAAAUCACUUGACUUUGUAUGGAUUGUGACAGACCAAGAAUGCCUAUCUUGGUUUUCCGGGGAGCUUCAGAAGCUUCAGUCCCACCCAAACGUGAACCUCCUCAUUUAUAUCACUCGACAGAGUGACUUGUCCAGUCUCACGUUGCCUGAUUCCUCAGAUUUCUUGUCUGAGAAGAACUCUGCCUCUGACGAGGCAGAUGCCAGAGACUCGUCUCCUCAUCUCUCACCAGGUGAUAUAGAGAAGGGUGCUUUGCAACAGCCUGUUGCAACAAUGACUUCCUCCGGUAAUGAAAUCCGGCCGGGCCGUCCCGAUAUCAAAAGUCUCAUUGAGCACAUUGUUACUUCAAGCUGCAGCCGGGAGGACCGCAUUAUUAUUGGGGCCUGUGGACCUUAUAGCCUGAUGCACACAACGCGUCAAGCUGUUAAUAACCGGGCACUCACCAACGAGUGGUCUAUCACGCUCUAUACUGAGGUAAGUGAAUAG